CUCGGUCGCGAUGAUUUACCGUCCGUUUAUUUUCUGAUUUAUCUCCCGGCGAGACAGCUAAUUUAGAGAGGCCUCAUCCUUUUGAAAAGUAAGCCCCCCUUUUUGUGCAGUCGAACUGGAGAAGAAAAAAGGGUGACCUGCGAGGGUUAUUAUGAAUUCUAAUGUCGUGUACGCCUCCGUAUGCCGAAACGGAGGGGAUGCGACGACUUACGGGACGGCGUCCAAUCCUCCGGCGCAACAACCGUUGUACAACGGCGGUUCGUCCGCAACUUCGCCGGACUCUAUCACUGCUUAUUAUCAUCACCAACAAACUCCAGAGCGUGUUAUACAACCAGCAGGACCUUCGUAUCUGCCAACUACUCUUAUGACACCCUACUCGAGCGCACCUGAGCUGCGGACGUCCCCUCUGCAUCCAGAGACCACAAACGGUCAUCCAACCCCACACCAGAUCAUCAGUGAUAGCAAUGGACUUAGUUACACCAACCUUGACCAGUCCCAUUUCCACCAGCAGCAACAUCACCAAAGGAUGGGACAUGCCAACAAUCAAGCACCGACGUAUCACCACCACCAUCAUCACCACUCACCGUACAGUGCCGUAGCCGACGUACCUCCUCGCAAUGUUGCGUACGUUCAUCCUUAUAGAAACCUAGACUACUCCUACGAAAUUAGUGCACACCAAACUCCUGAUCACCCACAAGGGGUACCUAUAGGUCCCGAAGGAGCCCGAGUGGUCACGGGAUUCGGUGUACCCCCGUCUACGUAUCCCUAUCUCGAUUCUUUAAGUAUUUCAAGAAGGAAUGGUUUCGGAGGGUAUGAAAAUUAUGACCCAGCACUACGAGAGAGUUGUCAAAUGAAUGGUGGGUACCAGUACGGGUCUCCUGUACACAGGACUCGUAUGUCAACAACACAGCCAACCCCUAUGCCCACAUAUAAAUGGAUGCAAGUGAAAAGGAGUGUACCAAAGCCCGCUGUAAAGCCCGAGUACAAUGGCUAUAAUUCUUCAACGCCAAAUGGUAACGAUCCCAACGGUGGACCCGGAACGGGAAGAACUAACUUCACCACAAAGCAGCUUACAGAACUGGAAAAGGAAUUUUACUACAACAAAUACCUAACGCGGGUGAGACGAAUGGAAAUUGCCCAAGCAUUGAAUCUAAAUGAGACACAAGUAAAAAUAUGGUUUCAGAACAGAAGAAUGAAGCAGAAGAAGAGGGCGAAAGAGGGUCUCAUACCACCUGAUCCUCCAAGCUCUGGAGGAGAGACUGGUUCCUCGCCACCUGUUUGUCCCAUUGGCUCUGUCACUGGCACCGCACCUGUAAGCUCACCAAACAGUGUUCCUCCAACUUCAGUAGUUGUAAGUGGACAACUUACACCACCAGACACUAAAUCAGUGACAUUAGCAAAUUAGUGCAAUGGCUAAUUUGAAUUGCGCAAGUCAUGAAUGCUCAAACGAGGUGGUUACAAGUCUUCUUGCACUUCAUUUCAUAAAUGAACUCCCACAAAGACUGAAAAUCUUGUAGUUUUCAAUCAACUGACUCUUGUUGCAUAGUAGAUUCUUAUACAAAAAUGCUGAACUAUUUGAGCACCCUAGUGACAAUAAAACCACGUUUUGCAAGCUGUAUAAAUGAAAGUGCUUUGUUCAACAUCAUUUCAAAUAAGUAAGAAAAACGAGAAAAGAACGAGUGACAAUUAUCAUGCUCAGGAGAAUAUAAAAUUGAUAUAAAUGUAUCAAUUUGUUGUAGUUUAUUUACUACAUUUUUUCUAAAGAUUUUAAUAGUUGUUUUUUUAGUUAUGUCCAUCCAAAAUCCUUUAUUGCCUUAUCAAAAGCUUAUCUGCAUGUUUCUUUUAUCCUCUGAUAGAAGGUUAAUCCACACAAAUGUAAAUGUACUGUUUUUUAAAUCUUUAAUGUUAAAAUAAUUAUGUUAUAUGGACAUUAGAAAUUUCUUUCGAUUAAUCACUCAUUGAAUGCGAGUUAUAGUUAUAUCCUGAAAAAAGAACAUAACAUGCAAAGUAUGUUUCUCUAAACAAAAUAAAUAAGUUUUAAAAACUAUCCCUGAAUCAUUAUUAAUACAUAGCAGAGUCGAGAAUGUAAACUAAAAGGAAUGUGAAAUGACAAAAAAUUCAAUUUCAAAGAAUUUCUCAUUAUUUAUCAAUUAUUACUUUAUUUAUAAGGAUAGUUAUUUAUUAAAGAUUAUUAUUUGAAGAAAAUCUUGCUUAUUGCAUUCGUUAAAAGUUGUGUGUAUAUAGGCAGUAAUUAUGCAGUAGAAGUAUAAUUAUACAUUCUUUACCCUCUGUUA